AUGGACCAGGAGUACAUGAUGGCGGAGAGCUCGCGGACAAUCAACCACAAGCUCAACGAGUUGCUCUCAAAGAACAACAUCGCCAAGCUGAAGCUCGACGCGCCCACGGCACUCGCCUACGCCCUGGUGUUGCGGACAAAUAUCCUCGGUAAGGACAAACAGGAAAAAGUCAACCUGAUCGUGGUGUUGGCGAAGCUCUUGGACUGUGUCGCGGGGCUGGACGCCGCCGCCAACGAGUUCUCGCUGAUCUUGGACCACACGCUUUUUGGCACCCUCUUUUCCAUCGUCCUGGCCAACAUGCUGACCGAGACCUACAAGGCCAUCCUCAAGAUCCUGGUGAUCUUCAUCCUGGCUCAGAUCUUCCGCACCAAGGACGACCUGUUCGACAAGUACUUGCCGUUCUACGAGCUGUUGAUCGAGUACCUCGACGUCAUCGACAUCAUCACCCAGAAGUUGUACCUCCAGGACAACAAGAUCACAUUCAACCUGAUCAAGUUGGUCACCGACAUCAUCAACCGCGCCUUGGACUUCGACUACCUGGGGGUGAUCACGUUGGCGGGGCGGUUGAAGCACGUCACGUUCUUCCUGACGGUGGGCAACCUCAUCGAGACCGAGGACAAAGCCAUUCUCGACGCCAUUGAAAACCUCAAGAUCUCUUACUACAACUUGAACGAAAAGCUCUCGACGACGCGCUUCGACAUGCUGAUUAAGAGCCACCAGGUGAUGAUGACGAACUUGUUCGUCUACCUCGAGGUGCUGCUUAACGAAUACGGCACCCCGGCCACCCCCGAGGAGUACGUCAAGGCCGGCUUCACUAACGACCCCCGCCAAUUCAUCAUCGACAAUUUUACCAUUUUGCUCGCGAUGGACUUGAAGAUCUUCCUUAAGGACCCCAACUUCACGUUUAAAAAGAAGUUCCACGAAGAAUUGAUGAUGCUGGACCACAACCGCACCUUCCCGUUGCUGCUUUUCAUCGACAAGGUCACCGAUAUGUGGCUCGAGCUUUUCCAUAAGAAGCAAGAACACCCCUUCAUCUACGCCCUGAUUUUGCUGUGGGAGUUGAUGAUCUACUACACAAUGAACAACUGUCUCAACUUGUGGCAGGAGACCCGCGCCCAGUUGGAAAACAUGAUGGACGUCGACAAGAUCCUUCAGUUGCUCAAGUCGAACGUCGACAGCAUCGAGUUGGGGUUGCUGCGCCACGACAAGACGAUCGAGGAGUGCUUGGACAUCACCCACUCCAACACCGGCGAAGACUUGCGCCACAUCCAAGUGAUCAAGAUUAAUGACGCCCACAAGGCGCGGUGGAGAGCGCGGUUGAUGGAGUUCAACCGCGACUUGGGCCAGGAAGUGUUGGACUUUGUCCUGGAACAGCGUGCCAUCCAGUUGCUUAAGGGGCUGUGGGUGUUUACUGAAAGCUACGGGGAACAGAUGCUCAAAAACUCCAAGGACUUGCGGACAAAGUACACGGGGAUGAAGUACUACUACUUGGCGCUCCUGCCCAACCGACAGAUGAUCUACUACAAGGCGUACGCGGAAAAGCCCGUGGCCAAUCCGCUGUACGAAGAGAUCGAAAACCUGUUCAUCCGCAUCACCGACAUCGUCGAGUUCAAGCUGCAGAAAGUCGGCGAGGCCCUUGGCGAAGCCGACCGCAAUAAGUCGCUGAUGCUCAUCUCGGUAAAGGGGACGAUCUCCUACGAGAAGAUCACGCUUCUCGGCACCGCCGGCAAGCGCUUGUUCAGCUUCUACACCGACACCGAGGUCAACAAGUACGUGUGGCUCGACGGGUUGCUUCUCUUGCGAGAUCUGGGCAAGGGGGGCACGGUGCUGCUGCUGCUUUCGAAAGAGACGCGGGCCCAGGUGGAGAACUUGUGUGAGAUCCGCCGUGUCACCCAGUUGUUGGCGUUGGAGAUCAAGGAGAUCGCCGAGCUCAACUUGGACGAGGACGACGAUCUCGAGGACGAUGAGUAUUUGGACAUGAACGAGUUGGUCGACGUCACUGCCCCGGAGGCGUUCCACUACCGCUGA